UUGGGCGGGGCCUGGGCCGGGCAGCUCCAAAGGCCGCGAUUUCACAUCGGAAACAAAACAGCGGCUGCUCGGGAAGGAACCUCAGCUGCUAGAGGCCGGUGGUGGCGGCGAGGAAAGGACCUAAUCCAGGAGCCUGCAAGUGACAGCAGCCUGCGAGGUCCUUAGAAAGCUUGGCCUGGAGGAUAACACAUGAAAGAAAGAACCCCAAGAGGCUCUGUUUUCUGUGAAAAAGUAUUUCUAUACAGUUGCUCCAAUGACAGAGUUACCUGCACCCUUGUCCUACUUCCAGAAUGCACAGAUGUCGGAGGACAACCACCUGAGCAAUACUGUACGUAGCCAGAAUGACAGUAGAGAGCGGCAUGAGCACGGCAGCGAGAGGCGGAGGCAUGGCAACUCUGAGUCGUUAUCCAAUGGCGGAGCCCCCGGUAACUCGCAGCAGCAGGUGGUGGAACAAGAGGAAGAGGAAGAUGAGGAGCUGACGUUGAAAUAUGGCGCCAAACAUGUGAUCAUGCUCUUUGUCCCCGUGACUCUCUGUAUGGUGGUGGUCGUGGCCACCAUCAAAUCAGUCAGCUUUUAUACCCGGAAGGAUGGGCAGCUAAUCUAUACGCCAUUCACAGAAGACACCGAGACUGUGGGGCAGAGAGCCCUGCACUCAAUUCUGAAUGCUGCUAUCAUGAUCAGCGUCAUUGUCAUCAUGACUAUUCUCCUGGUGGUUCUAUAUAAAUACAGGUGCUAUAAGGUCAUCCAUGCCUGGCUUAUUAUUUCAUCCCUAUUGUUGCUGUUCUUUUUCUCAUUCAUUUACUUGGGGGAAGUGUUUAAAACCUAUAAUGUUGCCAUGGACUACAUUACAGUUGCACUCCUGAUCUGGAAUUUUGGUGUGGUGGGAAUGAUUGCCAUUCACUGGAAAGGUCCACUGAGACUCCAGCAGGCAUAUCUCAUUAUGAUCAGUGCCCUCAUGGCCCUGGUAUUUAUCAAGUACCUCCCAGAAUGGACCGCGUGGCUCAUCUUGGCUGUGAUUUCAGUAUAUGAUUUAGUGGCUGUUUUGUGUCCAAAAGGCCCACUUCGUAUGCUGGUUGAAACAGCUCAGGAAAGAAAUGAAACUCUCUUUCCGGCUCUUAUUUACUCUUCAACAAUGGUAUGGUUGGUGAAUAUGGCAGAAGGAGACCCAGAAGCCCAAAGGAAGGUAUCCAAAAACUCCAAUUAUAAUGCACAAAGCACAGAAAGUGAGUCACAAGACCCUGUGACAGAGAGUGAUGAUGGUGGCUUCAGCGAAGAGUGGGAAGCCCAGAGGGACAGUCGCCUGGGGCCUCAUCACUCUACGGCUGAGUCGCGAUCUGCUGUACAGGAUCUUUCCAGCAGCAUCCUGGCCAGUGAGGACCCAGAGGAAAGGGGAGUAAAACUUGGAUUAGGAGAUUUCAUUUUCUACAGUGUUCUGGUUGGUAAAGCUUCCGCAACAGCCAGUGGAGACUGGAACACAACCAUAGCCUGUUUUGUAGCCAUAUUAAUUGGUUUGUGCCUUACAUUAUUGCUCCUUGCCAUUUUCAAGAAAGCAUUGCCAGCUCUUCCAAUCUCUAUCACCUUUGGGCUUGUUUUCUACUUUGCCACAGAUUAUCUUGUGCAACCCUUUAUGGACCAAUUAGCAUUCCAUCAGUUUUAUAUCUAGCAUAUUUGCAGUUAAAAUCUCAUGGAUUUUUCUCCUUUGACUAUAAUAAAAUCUGGGGAGGACAAAGGUGAUUUUCCUGUGUCCACAUCUAACAAAGUCAAGAUUCCCAGCUGGACUUUUUGCAGCUUCCUUCCAAGUCUUCCUGACCACCUGCACUAUUGGGCGUUGGAAGGAGGUGUCUACAGAAAAUGGUUUUGAACAUGUCAUUGUGGUGGACUGAGUCCCUCAGUGCAGAAACUGCCAGAUUUGAGGGACAAGAACAAGGCAAAGUGAUGGGCCAGAAAGUUGCUGUGGUCCCACCAGCCGGUUGACCUUUGGUCACAGGUGGAUUUUACCAACGCUGCAGACUCUCAGGACUACCAUUACCAAGAGGUUAAAUGAAAUGGUUUAAACCAAACAGGACUCUUCCUCUUAAACUACAUGUUGAAAGUCAACCUAAUAAAUCUGUAUUGAAUUCUGAA